UCAAACAUACACUUCAUAGGCAAAAAAGAAAAGAAAAAAAAACAAGUUUGUGUUGUUCAGAGAGAAAGAGCGAAAGAGAAAUUGAAAGAUGAGGAAGAGAGCAGCGUUGUUGAUGGUGCUAUGGCUGGCUAUGUUGGUGGGGACUUUGAGUGAGGAUCAGAACGCCGAAAACAGUGAUUCAUGGACUGGCUGGGCCCGUGACAAGCUCACAGAGGGACUUGGACUCAAAGGUGGGGAAGCAGGCUCUAAGUCCGCGGAAAGAGCGAACAAAGCAGCCUUCGUUCAAAAGUUUUUAGAAGGAGCUAUAUACUCUCUUGAAAAACAUCAAACAGCCAAAGCUGAAGAGCUGAUGAAAGGAGCUAUGGAGUUUCUUUAUCAUGAUAACACAAUAAAAGAUAAGGCAGCCAAACUUGAAGAGCUCAUGAAAGAAGCUAUCAAGUAUCUUGAGCAAGAUAUGGUAGAAAAAGCAGAAAACGUGGUGAAAGGCGCUGUGCUGUAUCUUAAAGGCGAUGAUGAAGACAACAAUGAAGAGAAAGGGAAAAGAGUGACAUAUCUUGAAAAGGAUAAAGUAGCAGCGGGAGUAAAUAAAGCAUCCCUUGUUGAUUCGUUUCUGCAAGGAGCUUUAACCUAUCUUGAACAACGCCAAGUAGCGAAAGCUAUAGAUAUUGUGCAGGGAAUUGUACUGUAUGUUGGUCAAUGUGACGAAAUAAAAGAUAAAGCAGCCGCUGCUGAAGAGCUGAUCCAAUUAGCUUUGACGUAUCUUGAAGCAGACAAACUAGAGAAAGGUACGGAGAUGAUCCGUGAAGCUGCGAAGGUUCUUGAAAACGACGAGGAUUACAAAGCAGCAAUUGGUAAGGGGAAAGGAGCGAAGUAUCUUGAAAAAGGUAAUGCGGAAAUAGGACUUCAAAAAGCACAUUUUGUUGAAGAGGUUCUAAAGGGAGCUAUGUCCUAUCUUCAUGCAAAUUCUUUGGUCAAAGCUAAAGACGUUAUUCAAGGGGUGCAACAGUUUAUUGCUCAGGAUAAUACAUUAAAAGAUAAACGUGCCACAGCUGAACAAUUGCUCAAUGGAGCUUUUGGCUAUCUUGAAGAAGAGAAAUCAGAGAAAGCGCUAAAAAUAAUCCAAGAAGCUAUAGAGUAUCUUGAAAGCGAUGAGGAUGUCAAAGCAGCAAAUAAAGUCUUUAAAGAAGCAGAAGCUAAGGAAGCUAAGUUGAGAGGAGUGAAGUAUCUUGAAAAGGAUGAAAAGGAUAAAGUAGCAGCAGGAGUAAAUAAAGCAUCCCUUGUUGAUUCGUUUCUGCAAGGAGCUUUAACCUAUCUUGAACAACGCCAAGUAGCGAAAGCUAUAGAUAUUGUGCAGGGAAUUGUACUGUAUGUUGGUCAAAGUGACGAAAUAAAAGAUAAAGCAGCCGCUGCUGAAGAGAUGAUCCAAUUAGCUUUGACGUAUCUUGAAGCAGACAAACUAGAGAAAGGUACGGAGAUGAUCCGUGAAGCUGCGAUUUCGAGAGGUUAA